CAUACAUUCAUACUCAACAAAUUAAUUAUCGAUAUUUGAACCUCUUCCUCACUCCCUCACUCUUCAGAUCCGUAAAUCACCAUAGCCAUGGCGAUUAGGGUUUUCCUCCUCCUCCUCCUCCUUCUCUUUCUCUCGUUCACCAAUCUCAGCUCUUCUCUUUACGAAGAUCAAGUUGGCCUCGUCGAUUGGCACCAACAGUACAUUGGGAAAGUGAAGCAUGCUGUGUUUCAUACUCAGAAGACUGGGCGAAAGCGUGUUUUAGUUUCCACUCAAGAGAAUGUCGUGGCUUCCCUCGACCUUCGUCACGGAGAGAUUUUUUGGAGGCAUGUUCUUGGGACCAAUGAUGUUAUUGAUGGAAUUGAUAUUGCCCUGGGAAAAUAUGUCAUUACUCUUUCCUCUGAUGGAAGUAUAUUGAGAGCAUGGAACCUACCUGAUGGACAGAUGGUUUGGGAGUCUUCCCUUCAGGGUUCAAAAACAUCAAAGUCAAUAUUACACAUUCCAAAGAAUUUGAGAGCCGACAAGGAUGAUUUGAUCCUUGUUUUUGGAAAAGGGUGUCUCCAUGCUGUUUCUGGCAUAGAUGGUGAAGUUAUUUGGAAGAAAGAUUUCGCAGGUGAAAGCAUUGAGAUUAGCCAAGUUAUUCAGUCUCCUGAUGUGUUCUAUCUAGCUGGUUUUGAUGGUUCUUCAAAGUUUCAUGUUUAUGGAUUGGAUGCUAAGAAUGGAGAGUUGUUAAAGAAUAGUCAUGCAGCACUUCCCUGUAGUACUUUUGGGGAAUUAUUACCGGUCUCAGGUGAUAAUUUUGUGAUAUUGGAUGAUACGAAGUCAAAGAUUGUAACAUUGAACAUCAAGAAUGGAGAGGUUAGCUACAACCAGAAGCAUAUUUCAGACCUCAUCAAGGAUUCAUCUGGACAGGCAGUAAUAUUACCAUCUAGGCUUCUAGGAUUGUUUGCAUUAAAAAUCAAUUCCCAUGUUCUUUUAGUUAAAGUGACAAGUGAGGGUGAGUUGGUGGUGGUGGACAACAUUAAUAAUGCAGCAGCUUUUAGUGAUGCUUUGUCAAUUUCAGAGGAUCAACAUGCAUUUGCUUUUGUUCAAUAUGGAGACAACAAAAUUCAACUCUCUGUAAAGGAUGUUAAUGAUUGGAAUAGUGAUGUGAUUAAGGAAAACAUAGUAAUAGACCAUCAAAGAGGAAAUAUUGAUAAGAUUUUUAUAAACAAUUAUGUGAGGACAGAUAGAUCUCAUGGAUUUAGAGCACUAAUGGUAAUGGAGGAUCAUUCACUAUUAUUGGUGCAACAAGGGGAAAUUGUCUGGAGUAGAGAGGAUGGCCUUGCAUCAGUUGUAGAUGUAACGACAUCAGAACUGCCUGUGGAGAAGGAAGGUGUAUCUGUGGCAAAAGUGGAACACAACCUCUUUGAAUGGCUUCAGGGACAUGUGCUGAAGCUCAAAGGAACAUUAAUGAUUGCAAGCGCUGAGGAUGUAGUAGCUAUUCAAGCGCUGAGGUUGAGGAGUUCUGAAAAAAGCAAAAUGACUCGUGAUCAUAAUGGUUUUCGUAAGUUGCUUAUAGUACUUACAAAGGCAGGAAAAGUUUUUGCUUUGCACACUGGAGAUGGACGUGUAGUUUGGUCUAUUCUUCUUCGUAAUCUGCGUAAGUCAGAGGCGUGUGAGCGUCCAGUUGGGCUUAACAUUUAUCAGUGGCAGGUUCCGCACCAUCAUGCAUUAGAUGAAAAUCCAUCUAUUCUUGUAGUUGGGCGAUGUGGACCAAGUUUGACCGCACCAGCUGUUCUUUCUUUCAUUGAUGCAUACACUGGGAAGGAACUCAACUCUUUGAGCCUUGCUCAUACUGUUGCUCAAGUUAUUCCUCUGCCUUAUACUGAUUCAACUGAACAGCGUUUGCAUCUACUUAUAGAUACUAACCAACGGGCAUAUUUAUACCCAAGAACUCCCGAGGCUUUUGACAUUUUAAAACGUGAGUUUUCAAAUGUAUACUGGUACUCAGUUGAGGCUGAUAAUGGUGUUAUUAGAGGUCAUGCCUUGAAGACGAAUUGUAUUCAUGACGUUGUGGAUGAAUACUGCUUUGUAUUUAGGGACUUAUGGACAAUUGUGUUCCCAUCUGAAUCAGAAAAGAUUAUUGCAACAGUGACAAGAAAACCUAAUGAGGUUGUGCAUACUCAAGCCAAAGUUAUGACUGACUACGAUGUCAUGUACAAGUAUAUAUCAAAGAAUAUACUUUUUGUUGCAAAUGUAGCACCUAAAGCCAGUGGGGAAAUCAGAACAUCAACCCCAGAGGAGGCAUCUUUGGUCAUCUAUAUCAUCGAUACUGUGACUGGUCGCAUAUUGCAUCGCAUGGCUCAUCAUGGUUGCCAGGGUCCUGUUCACGCCGUAUUUAGUGAAAACUGGGUUGUCUACCACUAUUUUAAUCUCAGAGCACACAGAUAUGAGAUGUCAGUUGUCGAGGUCUAUGAUCAGUCUCGGGCGGAUAAUAAGGAGAUUUGGAAGUUUGUUCUCGGGAAGCAUAAUCUUACAUCGCCCAUCUCUUCUUAUUAUCGACCAGAAGUCGUAACAAAAUCGCAAUCAUACUUUUUUACCCAUUCUGUGAAAGCAAUAGAAGUGACUUCAACCGCCAAGGGUAUAACCUCUAAGCAGCUUCUUAUUGGAACAAUUGGUGAUCAGGUUUUAGCUGUUGACAAACGUUUUUUGGAUCCCCGGCGCACACUUAAUCCCUCACAAGCUGAGAAGGAAGAAGGAAUUAUUCCUCUUACAGAUUCACUACCAAUCAUUCCACAGUCCUACAUCACACAUUCCCUAAAAGUGGAAGGUCUCCGAGGUAUAGUAACAGUGCCUGCCAAACUGGAGUCUACAUCACUUGUCUUUGCCUAUGGAGUAGAUCUAUUUUUUACCCAGAUUGCUCCUUCUAGGACUUACGAUUCACUAACAGAAGAUUUCAGCUAUGCUCUACUACUACUAACAAUCGUAGCACUUGUAGCAGCAAUAUUUGCCACUUGGGUAUUAUCCGAGAGGAAAGAUCUAGAAGAAAAAUGGAGAUGAUCUGUCAUCCAUUUUUGCCCUGUAAUUUCUUUAGUUUUGAAGGAUUAAGUAGGUUUGUGUCAGUUUUCUUUGUUCAUGUAGCUUGAAUUACGAACGUAAUGUAAAAUUCCAUUACAUUCCAUCGUUUGGGGUUAAAUGGAGGAUCUUAAAAUUUUAAUCAUUUAAUCAUUUUGUAAAUUGAGAAUCAGACUUUUGAGGCCA